UCAUUGCUUUUGCAAUUGCAUCUACUCAGCGCUUUCACUGCAUUUCUUCAAGACAACGUGCACAGAAGAAGAUAACUACGAGAUGAGAUGGAACCUAGACGAUCUGGGAGGAUUCGACGACGCCCUGCCUGGCACAGCGACUACGUGAUGGACUUCCCGGUGCGGAAGUCCAUCAGGCAGCAGAGGGUGGGGGCUGGAGAUGCUCUCCAACAGCCUGAGGAGAUGGCACUGCCACCUCUCCAGCCUGUGCUUGAUCUUCCUGAGGAGGAGCUAGAACAAACUGAAGAGAUGGCACUGCCAUCUACUCAGUCUGUGAUAGCUAAUCCUUUGGAAGACCUUGAACAGCCUGAGGAGAUUGCAGUGCCAGCUCUCAAGCCUGUGUUUGAUCUUCCUGAGAUGAAGCUUGAACAAACUGAAGGGAUGGCAGUGCUAUCCACUCAGUCUGUGAUAGCUCCUUCUCAGAGAGAUCAUGCUUUUGCACAUGCUUGGGAGAUGGCAUUGCCAUCUUCUCAGUCUCUUGGAGGUCAUCCUUCCUGGCUUCCAUCUCGAUGCUUGCCUUCCCUGGAAGUGAUUCCCCAGGAUAAGCCACCACCAGUGGGAAAGUAGGAGAUGGGAGGCAUCAUGAUGAUGGUGAGUGGUGUCCCUUUUCCCUCUAUUCCUCCUUUCUAACAUGUCUGUUCAUUAUUAACCUGUCUUGCUUCUUUCCCAUUCUCUCUGCUCAUUAACAUGUGUUUAUUAUUAACCAUUUCCUAUCUGCUUACUAACAUGUUCUACCUUUUUAACAUAUUUUCAUUCACCCGUCUUCCCUCUCUGUAACUUAUGAACCCUGUGUCUAAAUAUUUUUUCACACACCGGUAUUUAGACGUAGGGUUCAUGAGUUUAACAUUUCAUACUUCCUAUUAACAGGUCUCUCAUUUUCAGUUACCCCCCCCCCCCCCUCCAUUAUUAACCAUUUCCUAUCUGCUUACUAACAUGUUCUACCUUUUUAACAUAUUUUUCAUUCACCCGACUUCCUUCUCUGUAACUUAUGAACCCUGUGUCUAAAUAUUUUUUCACACACCGGUAUUUAGACGUAGGGUUCAUGAGUUUAACAUUUCAUACUUCCUAUUAACAGGUCUCUCAUUUUCAGUUACCCCCCCCCCCUCCAUUAUUAACCAUUUCCUAUCUGCUUACUAACAUGUUCUACCUUUUUAACAUAUUUUUCAUUCACCUGUCUUCCUUCUCUGUAACUUAAGAACCCUGUGUCUAAAUAUUUUUUCACACACCGGUAUUUAGACGUAGGGUUCAUGAGUUUAACAUUUCAUACUUCCUAUUAACAGGUCUCUCAUUUUCAGUUAACCCCCCCCCCCCUCCAUUAUUAACCAUUUCCUAUCUGCUUACUAACAUGUUCUACCUUUUUAACAUAUUUUUCAUUCACCCGUCUUCCUUCUCUGUAACUUAUGAACCCUGUGUCUAAAUAUUUUUUCACACACCGGUAUUUAGACGUAGGGUUCAUGAGUUUAACAUUUCAUACUUCCUAUUAACAGGUCUCUCAUUUUCAGUUAACCCUUAACCCCCCCCUCCAUUAUUAACUAUUUCCUAUCUGAUUACUAACAUGUUCUACCUUUUUAACAUAUUUUUCAUUCACCCGUCUUCCUUCUCUGUAACUUAUGAACCCUGUGUCUAAAUAUUUUUUCACACACCGGUAUUUAGACGUAGGGAUCAUAAAUUUAACAUUUCAUACUUCCUUAUUAACAGGUCUAUUCCUAUUUUCCUCCCUCCCUUAGCAUGUUUUUCUCAUCAAUAUUCUGUCUUUAUUUCCUAUUUUCCUCCCUCCCU